UCGCCGCACACACUUCAGAUCUUCCUUCUUCGUCAAUGGCUUCCAUUAACCUCAUCUUCUUCCUCUUCUUCCUCGUCUUGACAACCUCGGCUUCUCCGAACCCUAUCUUACCAAAAUCCGGCUUCAUUUCCGCCGUCAAAGAUCCCUCCAGCCUCCAAUACGUCGCCAAACUUUCCCUUGGCGACGGCACCGCCGUGAACCUCGUCGUCGAUUUAAACAGCCCCCACGUUUUAAUCCACGGCGGCGGUGGAGUCCCCGUCGGAAGCUCCUCCCUCGAAUGUGCAAUGGCGGAAAGCGUACGGACAAACCCUAAUUCCAAGGCUUGCAGUGUACGGACAAGAAAUCCAAUUUCGAAUAUUCCGAUGUCCGGCGAGCUGCACGAAGGAAAGGUAGCUUUCGAAAUGUGGGAUGGAGUUUCGUUGACUAAUAAUAAUAGUAAUAAUGGCUUGGCCAAGAUUGACCCUUUCUUGUUUGUUAAAAGUCAAAUGACCUCUAAUGGUGCAAAAGGGGUUUUAGGGUUAGGUCAAUCUAGGAUUUCUCUAAUGUCCCAAAUCUUUGUGGCGUUUGGGUUCUUGAAAAUGAGGUUUUCUUUGUGCUUAUCGUCGAUUAGUCAAGGUGGGAUUUUUCUUGGCGGGAGCCCUAAUUUUGUUUCGAAAUUUUCGAGCAAGAUCAAACACACCCCUUUCGAUUAUUCCGAGGAUUUCGGGGGGUACUAUGUAAGAGUAAAUUCGAUCAAGAUUUUCGAUAAGAAAAUGGAUCUACAAUUGGGUGACGACGAGCCCUUUAUUGCAGCAAGAUUUUCGACGAUUGCUCCAUACACUGUGGGUCCAUUCGGGACGUGUUUUGUGAAGGGUGGGGAAGAUGGAUUCCCAGCCGUCGAUCUUGUGCUGCAGAGUGAGAUGGUGGUGUGGAGAAUGGACGGUAGGGAUUUGUUGGUGCCUGUGGGAGACGACGUCGUUUGCUUGGGGGUUGUUAAUGGAGGGUUUAGCCGACGGGGGUUUAUUACAGUUGGGGGUUUUCAGUUGGAGGAUCGUGUUCUUGAAUUUGACCUUGGAAAUUCUAUUCUUGGAUUUUCUGAUUCGAUUGGGGGCAAAACUUGUAAUGAUUUUGGAUUUGGGUUUGAUUUGUCUGAGAAAUUUUCUGAAUCUUUUGUUGUAUAGGACACGUUUUGGUGAGAAAUUCUUGUAGUGGGUUUGGAGGGUUUGAGUUCAUUUGGGUUGUAAAGUUAUGGCAAGAAAUGAAUAGAUAGAUUGGGUUGUAUUGGUUUGGUGAUUUUAAAGAAUUUUUGUACUAAUUUC